UUGAUUUAUUUUCAUUUUAAUGGAAAAAUUUUACAAAAAUUAGAAUAUUCUGUUGUUGUAAAUGUUGGUAAAUAAAAGUUGGAAUUGAAUUGAAAAACGAAAUCGCAAACCUAAAACAGGUACAUUCCACUUGGAAUGAUCAUGUGAACAAAAUAAAAAUCCUUUUUCAAUGAAAUGAAGAAACGGCAAUCCAUUGUUGAUGAAUCAUGAAUCGAAUUACAGAUCGAUUUAUUUGGCUUUUGAAAUUUUUUUUUUUUUUUGGAGUGUUCAUUCAGAUUGCAGAAUAUGAAAAAGGUGCGCAGUGUGUCAUUCAUUUGAACAACAAUUGGCCGAUUGGUCAUUGAUGAUGUUCAUGAAUGAUGAAUUAUCAUGAGGAAAAUUUUUUCUUUUUUUUCAUUUUCUCAUUUCAUUGCUUCUGUGUAUUCGACAACGUCUACCACUAUCAUACGAUUCAAUAUGGAAUGUAUGCGUGUGUGUGUGUGUGUGUGUGUGUGUGCGUGUGAAAUAUGCAACCAUCAGGGUUCUCGAUUCAUGGCUAUUAUUCGAGGAUAGAAAUUCCAUAACAUUCAUGAUAUGAGUCGGCGUCAACCAAACAAAUGGUUGAAAAAAUAACGACAAACACAAGGAUACAAAAAUUGUGCCGAUCCAUUACAGGAUCAAUCAACGUUCAUCAAGCAAGCAAGACUAGUCAUUCGUCGUUUCUUGUUUGGAACCACUUGUGUACCACCACCAUCAUCAUCAGAACAAAUUUGUAGCCUAUGUGUGUGUGUGUGUGUGCGUAAUUCUUUUUCUGGCCAAUUGCAUUCAAUUUGUGGAUUUCAUAUAAUGCUCAUCGUGGAAAUGUCGAAUGGUUGAUAUAUUAGAAAUUAAAUUGAACAAUCAAAAACGAUAAUUUCUCAAUAAAAAAAAAUGGAUCCAUUUUGGCUCAAUAAUAUGAACAUAACUGGUAAUAAUAAUUCAACAACAACAGCGAACAAUGGCAGUAUCAAUAUCAACAAUUUUGAUGAUAUAAGUACGCUAGAGAUUCUGGAUCGACCAACAAGGACCAUACUAGUCGUACUUUAUUCAGCUACAUCUGUAUUAGCGUUUGUUGGCAAUAUUCUGGUCAUUAUUGUCGAAAUAUUUGGUCGACGAUCGGCAGCAUCAUUGCGAAAAUUUCUCAUAAAUUUGGCCAUUAGUGACAUAUUAUUCGGCGUAUUUUCUGUACCAUUUACAUAUACAGAUUUUAUGUUUGGUCGUUGGAUAUUUUAUCCAUGGCUUUGUCCAUGGGCACAAUUCAUACAGAUAUUGUCCAUAUUCAUUACUUCAUUUACAUUGACAGUAAUCAGUAUUGAACGAUAUUAUGCCGUAAAAUUUCCAUUAUCAAAUCAGAAUAAAUGGCUAAUGGCUAAAAGUCAAUACAUUUUAAUAAUCGGUUGGCUAUUGGGCAUAUUAUGGGCAUCUAUACCGAAUACAAAAAUUGAAAAAUUUGUCUGGGAUAAUCAAACAUAUCAGGAUUGUCGUCCAGAUCAUGAGCUAUAUGAAAGUAGAUGGUACAAUAUAAGUUCAGUGAUGAUUACAUUUGGAUUGCCAUUAAUCAUACAAUCAAUCUGUUAUGCAUCAAUAAUCCGUUGUUUAUUAUUUAAAGAUAAUCUACAAUCAUCACAAUCGUUUGCCAAACAAAAUCGUGAUAUGACCAGGAUAAUCCGUAUGUUAGUUGCAGUGGUCAUAUUGUUUCUUAUUUGUUGGUCACCAAUUAAAAUACUGAUGACAGUGAUCACGUACAGUCCAGAAUGGUUAUUCAUACAUGAUCCAUCAAGCAAUAAUUUCUAUAUUGCAAGCUAUUUUGUUUGCCAUUGGAUGGCAAUGGCAAAUAGUUUUGUCAAUCCAAUUAUCUAUUCAUUCAUGUCGAAAAGUUUUCGAAUAGAUUUACGUGAUUUGGCAAGAAAAAUCUGUGGACACAAUAAUAAUAAAAUGGCCAAUAAUAGUGGACAUCAUAGCUGUUAUCAUAGUCAUAAUUAUCGUUCAUCAUAUCGCCAGCAGCAGCAGCAGCAACAACAACAACAACAACUAUCAUCAUCAUUUUCAAAUGGUAUCAUUAUUGGCGAUAACCCAUCACCACAGCCACCGCCACCACCACCAUCAACAUCAUCAUCAUCAAAAAGAUCAAUGAGCCAAAAAUCAUCAUCAUCAUCAUCAUCAUCAAACAAUGGUGGCCAAUUGCCAAUAUGUACAAUUUCAGUAAUACGAUUGAAUGGUAUUAACAAUAAUGGACAAUUCUAAAUUGAUAACGAUUCAAUUCAAAACAUCUCUCGAACGUAAUAAAUAGAACAACGGGAUCAACAACAACAACAACAACAACAACAAAAAACGAACGGGAACAAACUAUCAAGAGAUAGAGAUAGUUUAUGUUUGUGUGUGUGUGUGUAUGUGUAUGUGUGUAUCCCGAUUUAGUUUGUGACAGACAAAUGGAUCGGAAGUAACAGAGUAUAUAUUAUUCAACCAAUGAAUGAAUGCCCAAAAUUGGAAUUUUUUUUUCUUUGAUAAAACUAAUAAUGAAAAUUCCAGUUGUUCCAGCAGUUCAAGCUGCCAGCAAUGGCAUUAGAUAGGUAAAACAUAAUAUGUCCAAACAACACAUGACAUUAUAUUAUUUUUAUGGCUUACACACACGACACAACUACAUGAUUUUGAAACCCAUUGGGAGAGAAUGAGUGUCUAUGUGUGUUUGUGUUGAAUCGAAUCAAAUGAACCACUAUCAUGAUGAGAUGAGAAAGCGAUAGACAGGCUGGACUUGACAUUCUUUAUUGCCAUUAUUCUUGCCAUGUUAUUGAAUGAUUGAUGAAAAUAAUCUAGUUGAUGUGUGUGUGUGUGUGUGUGUGUGUGUGCGAUAUGCACUGGAUUCCAUCAUCAAACUUGAUUGACACACCUUUACGUUUUACGUUUCAAUGAGAUAUUGUUAUUGUUAUUAUCAUUAUUCAAGAAUCUUGUUGAUUCUUGUCAGAAAAAAAUGAGAUCUCAUGUAAUAACUCUCUCUCCUCUCUCUUCUCACACAGUUUUUGUUGUUAAAAUUCAUUGUAAAUAUAUGUGCAUUUUCUAUGGAAAUUGAAAAAAAAAAUUUCAAAUCAUUCUUAUCAUGACGAUGAUGAUGAUGAUGAUGAUGAGAAAAUU